GCCUCAGUCGUGGUCUGGCAGUGUAAGGGGAUAGACGUCGGCCGCUCCUCCGUGGCACACGCGAUAGUCAUCCCCGAGUGUUUCUUCAGUGUUGGCGAGUGAGUUCGUUCGACGGGCGUGUGGCUGCCGGCGCGUCGGGUUACUGUGCAAUCCCGUGUGCGGCGGGAGGUGCGUGUGGAGUGCCGGGAGGCGGUGGCCAGGAAGGGACACAUGCCCGACGGUCCUGUGGUCAUGGUGGUGGAAGGCAGCUUGGUCUAGGCAGCAGCCCAGAGUUGAAGUCGCUCCCCCAGGAUGACGGAGAAGGUGGCGGCGGCGGGGAGCCCCAAGAGGGACGCUAGCUACUACCCCACCUCGGCCACGGGCAGCCCCGGGGGCAGCCGAGUUCUGCCCUGGCUGACCGCCCUCGUCCUGUUCAGCGUGGCCUCCUGGUGCUUCCUGGCCUGGCGACACAUUCACCUCGAGUGGAGGGUGGACCGAUUGGAGGGUGAACUGGAAGCACGCCUCGAACAGCGUCUCCAGCAGCUGGGACUCAAGUCUCAAGUCCAGCUCGCACCCGCGCCUACCCACAUCCGCGUGGCGAGGGACGUGGCCGCUGACAACUGCAUCUGUCCCCCAGGUCCCAAGGGCGAACCAGGAUCUCGAGGACGCCGAGGGAAGAAGGGCAAGGAUGGAGAGGCGGGACCCGUGGGUCCCAGCGGUCCGCCAGGGAAAAAUGGGUUCCCGGGUCCCAUUGGUCUGGACGGGCCGAAAGGAGAACCGGGCAUGCAAGGACCACCUGGCCCUCCAGGGGAAACAGGAAAGAAAGGCGAGCCAGGAGCAGGUUAUGACAUUCUCACCCGUGCCAAGGGCAUUAAAAGAUCAAUUACAAGCUUGGAAGGAGGCACAUUAGGGUAUGCAGAAAUCAUCGCCAUUAAGGGGACGAUGGGAGGUGCCUGGGAUAGCAUAGACUCUGAUAGAAUAUUAGCUAUUAAAGGUGACCCAGGCAGUCCUGGACCCCCGGGAGCCCCAGGACCUUCAGGCAAGGAUGGCUUGCCAGGUAUGGAUGGCCGUGAUGGCUAUCCUGGAGAGCCUGGUCCUCCUGGUGAGGUGGGUCCUGCAGGUCCUCUUGGACCACUUGGACCUCCAGGCCCUCCAGGGCCACCAGGGCCUCAAGGUGAAAGAGGUGACAAGGGACACAAGGGUGAGCGAGGGAUCACCACAGUCAACGGCAAAGAAAUUCCUGCCGGAAUCCUUGAGGGACCUCCUGGACCGUCUGGACCCCCUGGGCCACCUGGGCUGCCAGGGGACCCAGGACCAGAUGGUCCCAUGGGUCCUCCUGGGUUGGAUGGGGAGGAGGGAGCACGAGGACCACGGGGCAGGCGGGGCAAGCGGGGUAAGAGGGGGCGGCGUGGUGAGUCUGGCAGGGCAGCGGCACAAGGACUACCAGGGCGGCCUGGACCGAAGGGAGAACUUGGCAAUGUGGGGCCUUCAGGAGAAAAAGGAGAGAAAGGCUCCAUGGGCAUCCAGGGCCCGAAGGGAGAGUUGGGGCCACGAGGUCCCCCAGGGGUGGACGGUAUCCAUGGGGAGUCUGGUCCACAGGGGCCACCAGGGCUGCCAGGUGCACUGGGCCCCAAGGGAGAGAAGGGUGAAUAUGGAGACAUUGGUCCUCCAGGCCUGAUGGGACCACCAGGGUUGCCAGGACCUCCGGGUCUGCCAGGCCUCAAGGGUGACAAGGGUGACAAAGGAGACUCAAAACUGAAAAAACUCAGGAGAAGACAGGGAGAUUCCAGCAGGAUCUGGACGGAGGUGCCAGGGGAGGUGAUCAUGGGUCCUCCAGGUCCACCUGGGCCAACUGGUGCCCCAGGCCUGCAGGGACCACCAGGCAUCAAGGGAGGCAGGGGCAAGGACGGCACCAAAGGAGAGCCGGGUGCCAAAGGUGACAAAGGUGACCCAGGACCUAUGGGGCUGCCUGGACCAAUGGGGCUGCGGGGUGAGACAGGCCGGGCAGGGGAGACAGGCAAGCCAGGGCCAGCGGGUGCACCGGGUUUGGACGGUAUGAAGGGUGCACGAGGAGAGAUUGGCAGGAAGGGUGAGAGAGGGGAUCCAGGACUGCCAGGCACCGACGGCAUUCCAGGGGUGGAGGGUCCAAAAGGAGAGAAGGGAAUGAAGGGAGAGAGGGGUCGGCGGGGCAGGCGGGGCAAGUCGGGACCUAAAGGGGAGAUGGGAGUGCCUGGUCUGGAUGCUCCAUGCCCCACUGGUGCUGAUGGGCUGCCCCUCCCUGGCUGUGGCUGGCGGCCAGGACAGAGUAAGAACAUUAUCCGGCCCAUUGGUGUGGGUCUUGGCCUUGGCAUGGGAGGACCACCCUUAGAUGUGUUUCCCCUCGAGGCCCCAGUUCCCAAGGCCACCGCCCCUCCCCAUGAUGACUAUGAGGAAGACUAUGAGGAGGAGGAGGAGGAAGAUGCGUUGAAAUGAGGCCUGCACUAACCCACUAAUUCACACUGCAUCUGCCCCCUUUAGCUAUGAGGAACUGUUCAGUCGUCACUAACCUCAGCCGGGUGGGUCCAGGAGAUGCUUGCACUGCAUCACCACAUGACACCCAGGGAUACCCACCCUAUCUUGUUUACUCACUAGGCAAUAAUCCUUAUAGAUUCUGAAGUAUGGCAAGUUUUUCAUCAGGGGCCAGCAGUGUAGAGCACUGGGUCAACCCCAGCUGCUGCAGCCUCGUGUAGUGUGUCUCCUGCCACUGAAUUACAGUCUUUUGUUGAAAUGAACCCAUAAACAUUUUGGGAACAGUGCCAGCCACAAGCAUAGUGUAAAUAGUGUACAGAAGUUUCUACUGUCCUUGGUCCACAGUGACUUGUGUAUAGUGAGUUUCUCUCUUUUUUGUGUUCCUCUACGAGCUACAUCAAUAAAUCUUUAGCAGUGACCUACAGUUGUAGUGUUGAUGAGACUACCAGUGCAGUGACUUGCUGGUGCAAUCUUGGUGAGUCAUUAACUGAAACCUGCAAUUGUAAUGUUGUAGAGUUCAGCAGUUAUUUACAAUUGCAAUAUUAUUGUCUUCACUGAUGACUUGCAUUUGCAACUUUGUCUCUAGUGAUGAGCUCUGAUUGCAGGAUAGAAAAAAUGAAAAAUAAGCUUGAGUUUCACCACAUUGCCAACAACAUAUGGCCAAAUUUAUUCUACUUAUGGGAAAGGCUUUGAAAUAUGUGAAACAUUCACUCAUAUAAGUUUUGUUCUAGUAAAAACAUUUUUGAAGUAGUGUUACUGAAAUUAUUUUAUCUGAAUUUAUCAGAAGUACAAGAAAAUUAUGAUAAUGAUAUUUAAAUUCUUAGAUCUGAUAAUGCCUCUUUAGACUUUGUUGGUAUGCAGAGUACAUGUUUUAUAAGCAACACAUGACACAGCAGCAGAUGUGUAACCUUUCUAUAGAUUGAAGAUAUGUAUGUUAUUCUGCAAGAAAAAAUGUGUAGCAAUAUAAUAUUAUUUUACUCAAGUGGAGAAAGUGAAGCAUAUCAUAAUGACAGAUCUUAUGAUAUUAACUUUGAAUUAGGUUUUUUUUCUGUCAAACAUGUAAUUUACUUAAUAAUAAUUACUUAGUUAUUAUUGACCAAAUGACACUGUAAAUGACUUGUACUGUUUUCAGUUUUGAUAUUUUUGUAGUGUUUGAGUAGCUUGAUGGAGUGUAGAGGAGCCAUGACCACAGUGUGUUGGUGUUAUGUGUUGCUUUCUGGCAUGACCAGCAGGCCCUGCUACAGCAUUGGGGGGAGGGCAGAGUGUAACUGGUGGUGAUUCUAACUAUACAGUCAUUCAUCUGUUAUCAAACCAUCAAGAUCUAUAUUGGGUAGAGUACAUAUCGUGAAUAUGGAUGUCUGCUUUGUUUCUAAGUUUGUUUUUUUCUUAUGACAAAGAAUUUGCAUCACAGGAGGGAAAAAUUGUGUAUAACUCAGCACCCCUGACUACCUCAGAACUGCUGCCAGACAGAUCACUUUAAAACUUGCCAAACUAAGUAGUAGAGAAGUGACAUUGUCAUCACCAACCAAUGUACAUGCUAUUCUUAUUUGCAAGUACAGAAUUUCAUUACUGUAAUCUUAAAAUCCUUUGCUUAUACAGCAAGCCCCAGCAUUUGGCAAAUUAAUUAGUCUGGCGAAACUACCGCCAAAUGCGAAUUUCGCCAAGCACGAGUUCUUUAUAUAAAUUGCCUAAAAAAUGCCUCAAUCAGUCUUUGGUCAUUGCCAAAGUCCCUCUUUUGAUCCCUUAAAUACCAUCUUUCGAGCUGAAAUAAAAUCUUUUUCCUUCACAUAUUAGAACACAUGUACAAAACAGACCAAUAAACAAUAAAUAUAGCUAAUAAGACAUGAUAUAAAGGCUGUAAAUCCCGUUUUUCAAUCCGUCUCCCUUGCCCACUUUUGUCCUUGCUGCCAUCCCCAUUGUCUUUACCCCAACUGGUACCACCUGUUGCGCUGGUAGAGGCCAUGUUGGCGGUAAAUCGCCAGAAUUCGUUCCCAUGCUAGCAGAACAAAGGGUAGCACAAACAAAAUGGCUGAAGGGGACUUUCACACUGCGUUCUGAUAGGUUUAGAGAGAGGUCUGACAUCACCAGGGAGCCGCGUGGUUUGCCGCGCAGCCACCAGGGGACCACCAAGUUUGAAUUCAAAUCGCAAAGCAUGCACUCGGUGGUCCGUGGCCACCCUACCGCCAAAAGUGAAUUUUGCCAAGCUGAGAUUUGCCAAGUGCGUGGCCUUACUGUAUAUGUAUUUGUUUUAUUUUUAUCUUUCUCUCUCUCUCUCUCUCUCUCUCUCUCUCUCUCUCUCUCUCUCUCUCUCUCUCUCUCUCUCUCUCUCUCUCUCUCUCUCUCUCUCUCUCUCUCUUUCUCCUAGCCCAAUAGCUCAAGGUGUAUCUUUGGAUUUCUGGCCAUUAAUUUGUUUUCCAAGUAUUUAUGCAUUCUAUGAUUUACUGUAACAAACAGUCACAGAUGAAGACUACCAUGAGGAUCUAGUGUCUGCUACAUCCUUAAUGCUCUGGUAGUUUUUUAUAUAGUUUUGUUUUUGUCUGAUCUCAAAGGUUCAUCUCAUGCUGAUCUUUGCCUUUCAAGCACUCACACUCCAAGACUUAAUAUCUGUUAGCAUUAUUAGUUCAAACUCUCUUAUUCUCUGCUGAAACACUAUACAUCCCAAUUGCACUAUGUUUAGUAUGGUAGGAAU